UCUCUCUCUCAUUUUUCAUAUUCAAUGAGUUUGUUACUUCUUCUUUUUUUUAGUUUUCUUUUAUUUCCAUUUUCUUAACUCGUAUUAAAGAGACCCAACAACCAGCAGAGAACUCGUUGCGUUCAUCGUCAUCAUCAUUCGUCAUUCAUUUGUGCGCGAGUAGUAUAUCCCGUUAUAUUAUCAUCACUCGUUGAAGUCGUCGUCGUCGUCGUCGUUUACGAUCUACGAUCGGAGCACGUGUCCUGUCGUCGUCUCUUUCCGUCUCUUUACCCCCUCCCCUUCUACCCGCCCGUCACUCUAACGGCCGAUUCGAAAUUCCCGCGUUUACCGGGCGCCACGCGUGUCCGCGGCCCUGACGGCGUUUAACGGCUCGCGAGAGAGCAAAAAAGAAAGAAAAAAAUAAGCAAAGGAAAGAGAGAAGAAGAAAAAGUAGAAGUAGAAGUAAAAGUAGAAGAGAAAGAAAGAAAGAGAGGGAAGUGGGUGGCGAGAAACUAAACGUGGAAGGAGCGAGGAGGGCAAGUAGAGGGAGGAAAAGAUAGCUGCUGCUAGGUCUCCGGAUCGCGCGCGCUCGGGCGUUGUAUCGUUGAGGGGCACCUCCUUUCUUCCCUACCCCUCUUUACUUACUCUCUUUUUCUCUCUCACUCUUUUGGUGGCGCGCAACCACGAGACCUAACCUCUCCGCACCCUUUUCUCUCGUUCGCCGCGCGCUCUCGGCGAGCGCGUGCGAGAGGGAAAGGAGCGUGCAAGUGAGUGAGUGAGCGAACGAGUGAGAGAAAGAAAGCAAAAAAGAAAGAAAGAAAAAGAGUGAAAGAGAGUGAGAGAGAGAGAAUUGCCGGCGCCGCUCCUGUCGUCUCUCGCGACGCCGCGCACUCUCCACUUUUUCGGCGAGAGAGAGCACAAGCACGCCGAGCGACGAGUUGACGCGCGUCCGCACGAUCUUACCGCACGGAUAUAUCGUUUCGCGAGAGUGGCGAUGAUACUGUUACCUUUACCAUCACUGUCACCUUCAUCGUCACCUUCAUCGUCACCGUUAUUGUCAUCGUCACCUUUGUCAUCGUUAUCGUCGCCGUUGCUCUUUAUUCCGCGUCUAUUUCGCCGGUUUCUUUUUAUUUUUCUUCUUCGUCUACGUCUUCGUCUUUGUCUUUGAUUAAAACGCGUUUAUAAAACGCGAAUAUUAUUAAAUAAUCCUAGUGUGCCUGCUGCUACUGCUGCUGCGGGGCUACUCUUCUCAUCCUCAUGUCACGACGGUGAAUAGAUAUAACGAUGGUAGAUACGCAACACUUUUGUCUGCGAUGGAAUAAUUACCAAAGCAGCAUAACGUCAGCUUUUGAAAACUUGAGAGAUGAUGAGGACUUUGUGGACGUUACGUUGGCUUGUGAUGGCAAAAGCCUCAAAGCACACCGAGUUGUACUCUCUGCUUGCAGUCCAUACUUUAGGGAACUUCUCAAGAGCACACCAUGCAAGCAUCCGGUGAUAGUACUUCAGGAUGUAUCGUUCAAUGACUUACAUGCCUUGGUGGAGUUCAUCUACCAUGGGGAAGUGAACGUACAUCAACGUUCUCUCAGCAGUUUUCUCAAAACUGCAGAAGUACUUAGGGUAUCGGGUCUUACACAACAGGCUGACCAGACAGAUAGGGACGAGCUCUCACAUGUUCGUGCACUGGCUGCUGGUGUUAAUCAUCUUCCUUUUCACGAAAAAUCAGAAGAAAGUUUUCCUCGUAGUGGUUCACCACCCGCACCAACAACACCUACACCUACGACGAUGCAACAAAUAUUACGUAGAGCACAAAUACGUAGGAACGAGAGGCGUACACCGGAUUUUCACGAGGAUUCGGCGAAAAGAUCGAGGGUGUCCUCGCCUCCUCUCAACAACAAUGACGCCACGCCGACCGAUUUUUCGGUGAAAAACAAUCAUUUGUCGACUAAAGUGGAAGGUAAUGGGGUACACGAAGAAAACAGUCCAAUAGAAGAUAAUAUAAAGUGCGAACCUUUGGAAUUGACCGGUGGUAAUGGUGGGAACGUCGGUAACAACGAGGACUCAUCAGAUUCGGGAGCAGCGGCAUCGGAUAGGCCACCGGCGUCGGCGAGUAGUAACGAACACGAACCUGAACCUGAACAUCCACCUACGCAAAAUUUUAUGCCAGAAAGUAAAUUGUUCACAUCGACGCCAGGAAGUUUUAACUUCAGUAUGGCAGCCCUAACGGAUCACACGCCAUUGUCAGUGAAAUUUCCAGGGUUGAGCCACGGGUUGCAAACGCCGGAUUUAGCAGGAACUUCGCAAGACCGGGAGGUCGCCGAGGAGGACGGGGGUUGGCAGUCCGCCACCAACGGCGAGAAUCAACAACAAUCCGGGCAAUCAAGUGAAAUUACGGGCUCUGAUCAAUGCGAGGUGGUGGUCCAGGAUAAUAACCACCAGCAGCUGCCGAUAAUCGAUCUCUUAGAUGGGAUUAACGAUCAGGUGCAGAUCGUCCUGAAAUCGGAACCUAUGUCUCCGAAGAUCGCCGAGUUCGAGUCUUGUCUUUUAUCGUCGGAACACGACGAGUACCAGACGAGCGAUCAUUAUGAUCAAUAUCAUCGUCAAUAUCGUCAAUCUCAACAACAGGAACAACUACAACAACAUCAACAACAGCAGCAGCAACAGCAACACCAACAACAGCAACAGUCACAACAACAGCAACAACAACGUUAUCCAAGUCAAGAGAGACUCGUCGUAACCAAUGAGAACCUAUCGAUCACUGAUCCUCGUUGGUUCUCUCAAGGAAACGAGUUAGCUCAGCCGGUAGCGAAAGUUCGUGAGGUAUCUCGAAGGAACGCGGAACAGGAGUUUAAGUUAUCGGGCCGAUCGAUCGGCGGCACUUAUUGCAGUUUCUGUCAGAAAACAUUUUCUCGCGCAUGGUCCCUUCAGAGACACCUCGCGGAUACGCACUUCUAUGUACCGCAGUCAUUGUCUUGCGAUCAGUGCGGUAGAAGUUACAAGAGCAGGAACAGCUUGGUCAGUCAUAAGAGCCAAUAUCACGCUAGGAAAGAACGAAAAGAUCACGAUAUUCAUUGCGAACAACUUACAUAUUGAAUUGAUUCUACGGUAGAGAUCCUUCACCUUUUCCUUGUCCAUUUCCUUUACCUUUACCUUUACCUUUACCUUUUCCUCCUCCUAGUUGCCAAUCGCAUCGUUAAAUAUAUAAUUCUUGCGAGCUAUACGCGAUAUCUAGUGUAGAAAAUUUCUCUCUAGGUUCGCUGUUCUUGUAAAUAUUAUUAGGCCCUUCUUUUACUUGCUCGCCGCGAUAACAGCCCCUAGCGUUGGUGGUUAUCUCGCGGUUCGGAGGUAACGCGCGCGGAUCGUGAAAGUUCGUUCGUCCGUCCGUUGUUAAUCCGUCCGUUCUUUUCUUCAUUCCUUCUUGAAGAUUUUCAUGUAAUAACAAUAGUCAAAUAUAUUCAGUUCAGCUAGUCCCAUUCUUUUUCAGAUUAGUUACCACAACAAUACCAAAGAACAAAAACCCUUUAACAUUUUCCUUUCAUUCCUCCCCCUAACCCGUCCUUUUCCUCACCCGCCAUCUUCUUGUUUUUAUUUGUUACUGAGAAUUCUAUCAGAAUCAUGUUGAAUUCAUUCCUUGCAAAUAUAUUUCUCUGUUAUCGUUUAGUUUAUUGACAAAUUUAUCAGUUACUGCAAUUGAAUAGUAAAGUACGCUUCUUAAUCCACGUUCUUGAAUCUCUUGUCAUUUUAACUUUGAAACGGAAUAGUUCCACGGAUAUGUUGUUCUUAGCCCGUACGAUAAGCGUCAUAUACCCUUAUCGGUUAUCAACUUUUGCCUCUGAGCGCCACCUUGUACGAAUUUUCGGUAUCAGAACGUCGAAAUACCGUUUCCAGGAAGUAGACAUUCGUCUUGUCAGUGUACGUGAUUCAAUCCCGUUUUAUUCUCUUUUGAAUUAUUAUUAUUAUUAUUAACAUUAAUUCCUUUCAAA